CCCCCACAGAUAAGAACGCCCAGUCGCAGUACUCUACAGUCUUCCAAACCAUUUCUCUGGCAUCCAAGUCGCUGGCUUCUCGACCGGAUUCGUCAGCCCAUCACUUGUCGCAAGGUAGCACCAGCGCUGGUCGCGUGAGUGUGAUCGCGGAGUCAGUCACUGCGCGUAAUUCGCAAGACACGGAGGGCUCGCUAAUAGAUAAACGAGGAUUGUUUGUCGCGAAGACAAUGGACGGACAGGAGAAGAAAGGUAUGUCUUUGGCGGAGACGAUGGAGAAAUACAGCCAAUUUGAGGGGAGCACUCCAAGGGAGAAGCUCCGGAAUGCGUACGCCCAGCUUCAAGCACAGAGCUUUAUCCCCCCAGAGCCCAGCGCUACGCCAUCAUCGGUGGGAGAAGCUGGUGACAUCGAACCAUCGCCUGUCGCCUUGCCCGAAACAGCGGCCCCACUCAGCGUGCGGAUCGACAGAGACUCCUCCGCCUUUCAUCAUCAUCCUCCUCCUGAACUUCAUCCUCCCGUGGAUCCCCCCGCUGUCAUCCCAUCGUCACCCCUGGACCCUGCACAAAUGGAUCCCUCCCAGCUUCACCAUGUACAGACCAUUCAACCGCAUGCUUUAUCAGUCGACCACACUGAAGAAGCUAUUCCAGGCUCGAUUCUCCUGGGUCCGUCCGAGUUCGCCAUUCCGCUCCCGAUGGACUCGAGGGUCCGGGACGAUUACGAGCGAGUCCUAGCAAGUGAGAGCGAUUCGGUCCAAGAAUUCCUUGACGCUACUGGCACACAACCAGAUCAGCGCGUGCGCUUGCUGCCAAAGAUACGGGAGGUGUUAGAACGUCUGAGUAAUGUCGCUACGCAUCCAGACCUCAACGUCGCGAAGCACAUCAGCGGCUCGCAAGCCGACUUGCGGCAAGAGUCCUCUUGGGCGGAGUACUCUAGCGCGAAGUUCUUACUUCUCUCUUAUCUGGUCGGGUCCACGAGUGAUCGCGAGAUACAUCUAGUCAUCAUGGUCAACGGCGAAAAGACGCAGAACCUCGUCGAACGGUUUUUGCUGGGCAAAGGUCUGGUAUAUACCCGCCCGCGGGAGGAGAUGGGUCCCGGGACGAAUGUUGAGGUCUCCCUGGCUAAGGGGUCUUUGAGCUUUGGGGUUCAAUCCACACGCAAUGAUGGCAUCGUGGAGACCUUCAAAGCGCCCUCGGCAAUCAUCGCCCUGGAUUCGUCAUUCAACACCAAGCUCCCCUCGGUCGAACACAUGCGAACCACAUUUGCUCGUCAUGGGCAUUUGCUUCCCGUGGUGCGCCUGAUCGUUGCCAACUCAAGCGAACACAUCGAUCUCUGCUUCUCUAAUCUACCAGAACUUCAGCGGGUGCGGCUGCUGCUGCAAUAUACUCUGCGACUGAAAAGUUCCGUCGGCGACCUUCAGGAUGAUGCGCUCGGGGUCUCUGAAGAUGCAGACGAGCUCAUCUCGUACCUUUUGUCGGACAACUUCACCGCACAUUGGUCAUUGCCGCACAUUGAGCCGCUGCAGAUUAUGAAUCUCGAGGAGCUCCAACCUGUUCCCGAAGAGCCACCAAGCGGACCUGCGGUUGAUUCCUCAGCACGGGCCACUCCUCUGUCACAAAAGCGAGCCUUCACGGAAGAAUAUAGCGAGCAACCCUCCAAGCGUCCACGAAUGGAAGAUCCCCAAGAUGCCAGCCAACGCACCGAAUCAAGCACAUUCCCUAGCCAAACCCUGGACGGCGAGCUGCGCUGGCUCGAAAGCAAUCUGGUUAAACUUCGCAGUUCGCAUGCAAGUGAAAUUUCAAAACUUCAGAAGACGCUCGCCGAGACCCAGGCCCGCCUUCGCGAACGAGACCAUGUCCUCGAGCAACUGCAGCACCGCUACGAGACGCGCACGCGAGACUUCCACAAACUCCGCCGCGAGCGCGACAAGCUCAUUGAAGCCAAGACCGCCGCCGAACAGCGCAGUGAGAAGAGCAAGGAAGAGCUCGUCAAGAUCAAAGACGAACGGACACAGUUACGGCACGAGCUCGAGCAGGCUCGCGCCGCCCUCAAGAGCGACGCGGGCAGCAUGGCGGCGGAGCUCGAAACCGCGCGCGAGGAGAUCCGCCGCCUCACCAAGGAGAACAGCGGGCUGGAGCGCAAAGCCGAUUACGAAGCCAAGCAAACCGAGUAUACGCGCGAGCAGUACCAGACCGCCUCCAACGUCGCCGCGCAAUCUGGCAACGAGAACCGCCAGCUGCGCGACGAGAACGAAACCCUCAAACGCAAGGUGGCCGGCGACGCCAGCCGGCUCCGCGAACUCAAUCUUAAGCAAGACGAGGCCCGCCACCUCGCCCGCGCGCAGGAGUUGGAAGCCGCCCUCGCCUCGCGCGAGGACCUUCUCCGCAGGAAGGAGGAGGAGCUGCGCGAGAUUCGCAAGAACCGACCCUCCACCCGCUCGACCAGCACCCAGCCGCGGAGUCCCAAGUGGAACGCCAGUCGUCCCACCAGCCCUGGCGUCAACAACCACGGCGGCAACGGAUCGUCGCUGACCACGGGGCGUGGGAGUGCGCUCCGGUUCAGUUCGGAGAUGACCUUUUAGGUGUCGGUACCUGCUGCAUGCACGUACAGAUCACACCACUCAAGUCCGUAGGAUCGAAAGGGUGAAAAGCAGUUAUCAAAAGGCC